UCUCUGUCCCCUGAGAGAUGGGAUCUUUGCCACAGAGUUACUGAGGAAUGAAACCUGCAGAAAGCCCGAAAAUGCCCAGGUUUUUAAUGCACACUGACAGCCAAACAGAACGCUCUUUCCGUUUGCAGUUUUUUUCAGUGUCAUUUUAAGUUGCAGCUUCCGGCCAAUCAGGGAGCUCCGUGCCCGCUGACAUCACAAGCCAGCCAGUUCCCUCCAGCUGCAGAGAGCUUCAGUUUGUCUUUUUUUUAAACUAAAAUGGAGGCUGGUUUCUUGCCUUAAGGGGUACACUGCCUUUCCCGCUGGAGUCUAGAUGUUGACAUGUAACAAGGCGGGCAGCGGGAUGGUGGUGGAUGCGGCCAACUCCAAUGGGCCUUUCCAGCCCGUGGCCCUGCUCCAUAUUCGAGAUGUUCCUCCUGCAGAUCAAGAGAAGCUUUUUACCCAGAAGUUGCGUCAGUGUUGCGUCCUCUUUGACUUUGUUUCUGACCCACUGAGUGACCUCAAGUGGAAGGAAGUGAAACGAGCUGCUUUAAGUGAGAUGGUGGAAUACAUCACCCAUAAUCGGAAUGUGAUCACGGAGCCUAUUUAUCCAGAAGUAGUCCACAUGUUUGCAGUUAACAUGUUUCGAACAUUGCCACCUUCCUCCAACCCUACGGGAGCAGAAUUUGACCCCGAGGAAGACGAACCAACAUUAGAAGCAGCCUGGCCUCAUCUGCAGCUUGUUUAUGAAUUUUUCUUAAGAUUUUUAGAGUCUCCAGAUUUCCAGCCUAAUAUAGCAAAGAAGUAUAUUGAUCAGAAGUUUGUGUUGCAGCUUUUAGAGCUCUUUGACAGCGAGGAUCCAAGAGAGAGAGAUUUUCUCAAAACCACCCUUCACAGAAUCUAUGGGAAGUUCCUAGGCCUGAGAGCUUACAUCAGGAAACAGAUAAAUAAUAUAUUUUAUAGGUUUAUUUAUGAAACAGAGCAUCACAAUGGCAUAGCAGAAUUACUGGAAAUACUGGGAAGUAUAAUUAAUGGAUUUGCCUUACCACUAAAAGAAGAGCACAAGAUUUUCUUAUUAAAGGUGUUACUGCCUUUGCACAAGGUGAAAUCCCUGAGUGUCUACCAUCCCCAGCUGGCGUACUGUGUUGUGCAGUUUCUGGAGAAGGACAGCACCCUCACCGAGCCAGUGGUCAUGGCACUUCUCAAAUACUGGCCAAAGACUCACAGUCCAAAAGAAGUCAUGUUCUUAAAUGAAUUAGAAGAAAUUUUGGAUGUAAUUGAGCCGUCUGAAUUCGUGAAGAUCAUGGAGCCCCUGUUCCGGCAGUUAGCCAAGUGUGUUUCCAGCCCGCACUUCCAGGUGGCAGAGAGAGCACUAUAUUACUGGAACAAUGAAUACAUUAUGAGCUUAAUUAGCGACAACGCGGCAAAGAUCCUGCCCAUCAUGUUUCCAUCCCUGUACCGCAACUCCAAGACCCACUGGAACAAGACAAUACAUGGCUUGAUAUACAACGCCUUGAAACUCUUCAUGGAAAUGAACCAAAAACUAUUUGAUGACUGCACCCAACAGUUUAAAGCAGAGAAACUGAAAGAGAAGCUAAAAAUGAAAGAGCGAGAAGAAGCAUGGGUUAAAAUAGAAAAUCUAGCCAAAGCGAAUCCCCAGUACACAGUGUAUAGCCACGCCAGCACCAUGAGCUUGCCGGUUGCAAUGGAGACAGAUGGGCCCCUGUUUGAAGAUGUGCAGAUGCUGAGAAAGACAGUGAGCAACGAGGCUCGCCAGGCACAGAAAGAUCCGAAGAAGGACCGUCCUCUUGCGCGCCGCAAGUCUGAGCUGCCUCAGGACCCCCACACCAAGAAAGCCUUGGAAGCCCACUGCAGAGCCGCUGAGCUGGUCUCGCAGAGUGGGCGCUAGCCUCGGCGGGCUGCCCGCUCCUGGCUCUGUAGAAAGUCCAUACUAUCCGUGCCGCACCAUCAGUCACUCAGCAUCAGAGCUCCCUCC